AGGACUUUAGGACAUAUUACACAUCUGUUCUGGCUGUUCUCUCUGUAGUUUAAAGUGAAAGUUCUAUCUUCUUGAGGUAGAUGUUGUGGAUUAAAUGCACCGGACUCGUAUUUGUGUGUGUCUACUUUACAUUGUUCCAUCUGUAGUUAAUGUUUUCCUGCUUGGCUGGAGUGGUCACGCAUAGCAAGAUGCUGAGGACACUGCCUGUGGCUUUGGCAGGCGCUGCUGGUGCACAGCGCCCACUGUGAAACCCUGCAUUCCUCAUCAGUCUGUUAGACAGUCUUCAUGCGUGGCGGAAUGGUUCUCCUUUCAGAUCUGAAUUGGGACCUGUCUAGAUGACACUACUCUUGCUGUGCUGUUUGUGCCCCUGUGAAGAUGCCCCCUCUGGACCACGUGGGCUGUGUGGUGCUGUACUGUGUCCUGUACCUGGUGAUGCCCACGCUCCUGCAUGGAGAGCUCACACUGGCGUAUGUGACUAAGUACAAUCUCUUAAUCUGUCAGUGUGCACAGGACCUGCCGGUCUGCAGCAUCAUCAACUCCAAUCACCCAAGCUGCAUCUGUAACCGCCCGCUCUCCACGCCUCAGCGGCAGGUCCACGGCCCUGCCGUGCUGCAAUACAGCCAUCUGACCGUGUGGUACUCUUCUCCGCUCAACACGGCGCGGCUGCUCAAUAACUCAGAAGUACGAAACCUUACACUGAUCAAAUGCAACCUGUCCGAGGAUGAGCCGCCAGCUUUUGAUCACUUUGCGGUUCAGAGACUGGAGAGAUUGAGGGUCUCGUACCCGGUCUGGAGACCCGGGCAAAGCCAUGACAUGCUGCUGGGGAGGGACAUGGGUGCUCCGUACCACGAGGAAGCCAGGAUUGCCAUCAUCCACGCCGCUGUUUUGGCAGGAGCUCAUGAGCUUAAAGCCUACACAGUGAAAACCGAGGUGGACAGUCAGGGCAAGAUGUCCCUUCCACACAUUUUUAUGUCUAACGAUAACCUUACAGAGAUGACCAGCAUGUUUGUGACUUUUGUCUACUGAGAGUUGUCUGCACUUGUUUGUUUUUUUUUCACAGAAAAUAUUUGCAAUGUUUUUAUUUCUGUUUAUAAAUAAGAGUUAGUCUACAGUUACAGUAGAUACAGAAUCACUAGCACCGUAAUCUGUUGUUCCUAUCCUGCUGCAUGAUGCUCCUGCACACCAGGAGGGGUCAGAUUUUGACAUUACACAGCUAUUUUUUUAUUCAGUUGUUUAAUGGGUAACAGAAGCCUGAUUUAACUUCCUGGUUUGAAAGUCUGAACCGUCCAAAAAAAAGGUGUUUCACUCUGCAAACCAACAGGACCAUGGCUGAGCUGGUCCAGUCUGGUUCAGACCGUGAUUUGUGGCCCUUUUUAAAACUGCUAUUUUGGUUCAGGCCCAAACUGAAAGGUCAGACAUUCCAGACCAAACAAGGCAGCAUAAGAGAAAACAGACAAAUGUCUCAAAUGAUUAAAGAAAUAUUUUUUACAGACCAUUGAAAUAAACAUAUAAGCUGCAUAUAUUUGAUGUUUUGCUGAUGUUAUUUGCUGCUACUUAGCAAUGCUGCUUCAUCUUUUAAAAUAUUCUAUAAAUUAAUAAUGAAUUAAUAAUGAAUGAAUUAAUAAUUAGUCAUAAAAAUAUACAAUAAUUAUUGCAUUAUUAACAGGAGCUUGAUUAUCAGACUUUACACAGACAGGCGCAUUUCAUCUGUCUCCAUGAGAGCCGUGAUGGGAACUGCACUUACUUAAAUAAAUGGUUUUUCAGCUUUGGUAUUCUAACAGUAAAUAUAAUAAGUUGCUGAAUAUUAUCUCAGAAAUAACGUGACAAUUUGUGGCACAAAAAAAAACUUUGUGGAAAAAACUCUUGCUUUUCCAAAAGUUGUACAGAGGCAGAGUAUAGUGUGUUUACAUGUUUUACCCACCAGGGGGAGGCAGUGCUUCACGCUGAAGUGAACAGAUACUCAAAAACCACCUACAUAAAGAAACACACACUGAGGGUUCUUAUUAUUGUACAGUGGAUUGAGUUUAGUUCAGUUUUGUUCUAUUACAGAUAUUUUAUUACUACGGGAAAAGUAAGCCCUUGUGUUGAACUAAUUAAUAACACCUAGGACAUAUCCCGGUAUUUUAUUAUUUUCUGAUUUCACAAUAUGGUCAUUUUCAGCUUCUUUUUAUUCCUUCAGAAUGAAAGAAACACUCAUUUAAUUCAGAUUGAUGUUAUAAUUGACUGCCAGAUGCUAAAAAGCACCUUAUAACGUUAAAAUAAAUGCUGUAGAAUAGGCAGAAAAUAUUCAAAUUUAUUUUUUUUGUGAAAUCACAAAAACAGUGUUUUUUUUUUGUAUAUGUUUAUUUGGCAGCUUAGUAUCUAAAUAAGCGUUCUAUCAUUUUAAAGAAAGGUUUUGCCUUCUGUACCGAUCCGCAGAGUUAUUAUAGGCUAACUAAAUCCACUAGAGGGCAACCUGUCUUUUAAUAUAACGCUUUUUCCGAUAUUACGCUAUUUUAUGAUGUUUUUGUGGAAUUUUCUAAUAUAAUUUUUAGUACAUAUUAGAGUUUCAGACAUUUUGAUUAAUGGAAUUAUCUAACUUUGUACAACAGACACCAUAAUGUGUCAUCUGAAAUGUUUCAUAGAGAUUUAUAGUUUAACCCUUUGUUGCACGUCCAUCAGAAUAGACCAUGAACCACCCAAUGAAAAGUUUACCAGCCAGUGGGCUUUGCCCCGCCCACUGCACUAUAAACAAUUAAGACAUUAGGACAUGGUAGCACUAGAACCAAUGAGGCAAAGUAAUAGCUGAUUUUUACUAAUUAAUGUGAUUUAGAAGGCUUUUAUAAUCUUUAAUUUAGUGUUUACAGAUGGUUAGUAAAAUUAAAAGGUCAACAUCAAAUCUAAAAUAAAAAUGCUAAGCAAUGCAAUGGACAUUAAAAAGCAGUUCAAUAUUUUAGUUACUUGUACUUCAAAUUAUAUUAAAAUAUUACAGUCUACUUAUAUUAAUAUAUUUUUCAAUCAUUGGAAUAUAAUUCAUGUCUGAAAGGGUUAAAACAAUAUUUUUUUUAUUUUCAAAAAUUGUUAAAAUGUUAAAAUUGCAUUACAAAAUGUCAGAAUAAUAUAUUAAUUUCUACAUAAGGCAUUAUAUUAAGAAUUAGUUCAUUCUCAAACUGUGUUAAUGAGAAAAAGCACUAUUUUCUGGUUUUAAGUCUUUAAGUUUUUGGGUCUGGCUGAUCUGUUAGUAUAAUAUUACAUUACAGUUUUCAGCAAUAAAUUUGAUUAAUAAUGGGAGUAAUGUUCCUGUUAUAAUGGGGCACAAAUCUUGGUCCAGCUAUGUAAUGUAUAUCAUUUACCUGAUGCUUCAGACUGUUUGAAAGGACAAUACAUAAAAAAGAAUCAUUAUGCUUUCUAAAGGCUUGUUUACUGUUAUAGAACACUGUGUAAAUGUUUGGUGUUGUUUUAAGAGAAGAAUAAAACAACCAGAUCAAUCAAAUUAAUGUGCAAAUAAAUAUUUUGCAGGCA